AUGGUCUGGGGGUGGGAAGACAGAUGGCCCUGGAACCAUCCUCAUGUGACCACCAUCAACUUCAGGAUCAGGAGCUUCCAGCUGCAGCCCCUGGACAAGGGCAGUGUCCUGCUGGAUCACCUGCCAUAAAAGUCCAAGCUUUGAAGAGAAACUCGAGACGUAUCACCGUGGAAUAAUAAUUUUGAAAAUGCUGUGUGCAGAAAUGAACAGAAAGAUUGUUUAGAAUACAGAAUGAGGAGGCAACUGAUGGCACAAGAACCCCUGGAGAGGGGAUUCACAGAUGUGAGACAUGGCAAGUAAGAGGCAAAAAAAUAA